ACUUUCACUCUCUCCCUCCAUCCCAGUCAGCCGCCCGCUCUGGCUAGUGUAGUGUCAUUCCCUCCCUACAGCUGAGGGAGCUUCUGUCUUCUGUUAACACAGCGCUCCUCAUCCCCCCUCUCUCCCCCUUCUCUCUCUGUGUUGUCCGCUCGGAGGGCUUUCCACGGAACGCCACAGCCUUUAUCCCACUCCUGUCUCUGGCUUUACAGUGAGACGUGAUCGGCUCCUUCAGAGCAACUUCUGCCUCCCUCGCUCAUCCUUCUUCUCUUGGUUUGCUAUGUCGGCAGAUUUUUCUCUUUUGCUUUUCUUUUUCUUCGUUGACCCCUGGCUUCUAAAGGGGUAACCACAGAGUGACAUCUCUUUUUGGAGUAGUAUUCUACCCUGGUUUGCGUGUGUGUGAAUGAGAGUGUUUCAGCCUGCUUAAAUGCUUGAGCACGAGUGUGAGGGCGCAUGAGGGGAGAGUGUGAGGGAGAUUGUGUGUGUGUGUGAGAGAGAGAGAGAGAGAGAGAGAGAGAGAGAGAGAGAGAGAGAGAGAGAGAGAGAGAGAGAGAGAGAGAGAGAGAGAGAGAGGGAGUAUUUGCUGUAAGAGUGCGCAUGUGCUGUGAUUGGCCGCGCACUGUGUGUGUGCCAGUAUAUACGCUUUUGCGGGGGCAUGCCGGGUCUGAGUGUGUGUCUCAGACAGUGUGUGUGUUCACGUCACUCUGUGACUGCUGUGGUGCAUCUCUGGGGGGAGGAGGAGGAUAGGAUAUGAGCGGGCCUGGGCAGUGCUAGAGGGCCAUGCAGACUCUGAACAGGCUGCAGACCUGUGGCACUCGUACGAUGAUGGCCAUGGUCCGCACCUCCCUUCAGAAAGUGGUGGUCUUCCUACACAGGCUCCAGAGAAUGGCCAUCUCAUCCCCACGUUAUCACAAACUCUGCAAGGAUAUCCAGGCAGAGAUCGAUGCCCAUAAUGAUAUCUAUAAGAGUGUGGACGGGAAUAAGCCCAAGAUGGUCAAGUCCCUGGGGACGUCUGAGGAGGCAGUGUUUCUGCAGCACCGACUGGACGAUAUGAACCAGCGCUGGAGCGACCUCAAGACCAAAUCUGCCAACAUACGGGCUCACCUGGAGGCGAGUGCGGAGCGUUGGAGUCGUCUUCAGAGCCUGCUGGAGGAGCUGUGGAGGUGGAUCUGUCUGAAGGAGAAGGAACUGGCCAAACAGAUGCCCAUAGGAGGAGAUGUCCCCACCCUGCUGCAGCAGCACAACCACUGCAAGGUGUUGCGGUCGGAGCUGAAGGACCGCGAGCAUGUUGUGGCCAAUACACUGGACCAGGCACACACAUUCCUGGCUGACCAGUCCAUCGAGCCCAAAACAGACCUGACUCCAGAGGAGAAGGCGCAGGGUGUGACCAGGGCCAUCAGGAAGCAGACAGCGGAGGUGCAGGAGCAUUGGGAGCGUCUGCAGGACCACGCUGGUGGAUGGCAGAGUCAGGUAGAAAGGGCAUUUGAGAGGCUACAAGAGCUCCAGAGCAACAUGAACGAGCUGGACCUGCGGCUAGCCAGGGCAGAAGAGACCAAGGCUGGCUGGCAGCCUGUAGGAGACCUGCUCAUAGACUCACUGCAGGAACACAUAGAGAAGACCACGGCUUUCAAGGAGGAGAUGGCCCCUCUGAGGCAGGACGUGAACGUGGUGAAUGAGCUGUCUGGUGAACUGGCUCCUCUGGAUGUGCAGCUGUCCUCCACCUCCUCCAGGCAACUGGAUGACCUCAACAUGCACUGGAAACUACUACAGGUGGCCAUUGAAGAGAGACUACAGGUCCUUCAGGAAGCCCACAGAGACUUUGGCCCUUCCUCCCAGCACUUCCUAUCCACCUGUGUGCAGCUCCCGUGGCAGAGGGCGCUCUCUCAGAAUAAGGUUCCGUACUACAUCAACCACCAGACUCAGACUACCUGCUGGGACCAUCCAAAGAUGACAGAGCUCUACCAAUCGCUUGCCGACCUAAACAACGUGAGAUUUUCCGCUUACAGAACAGCCAUGAAAAUCCGCAGGCUACAGAAAGCACUAUGCUUGGACCUGUUGGACCUGAAGGUGGCCCAGAGCACCUUUGAACAACACAAGCUUACCCAGAAUGCCCAGCUGCUGACAGUGCCUGAUGUGAUCAACUGUCUGACAUCCAUCUAUGACGGGCUGGAGCACCAGCACAAGGACCUCGUCAAUGUUCCGCUGUGUGUCGACAUGUGUCUCAACUGGCUGCUAAAUGUCUAUGACACUGGACGCAGUGGGAAGAUUCGUAUCCUUUCCAUGAAGAUAGGAUUGCUCUCGCUCUCCAAAGGCCAUCUGGAGGAGAAAUACAAAUACCUGUUCAGUCAGGUGGCAUCGUCAGGGGAUAAGUGUGACCAGAGACAGCUGGGUCUGUUGCUCCAUGACGCUAUCCAGAUACCACGGCAACUAGGAGAGGUCGCCGCCUUCGGAGGGAGCAACAUCGAACCCAGUGUCCGGAGCUGCUUCCAACACGUGACCAAUAAGGUGGAGCUGGAGCCCAGGCAGUUUGUUGAUUGGAUGAGACUGGAGCCCCAGUCUGUGGUGUGGCUUCCUGUGCUACAUAGAGUGGCGGCUGCUGAGACCGCCAAGCACCAGGCCAAGUGUAACAUCUGUAAAGAGUGUCCCAUUGUAGGGUUCAGGUAUCGCAGUCUGAAGCACUUUAACUAUGACGUGUGUCAGAGCUGCUUCUUCUCUGGACGAACCGCCAAGGGCCACAAGCUCAACUACCCUAUGGUGGAGUACUGCACGCCGACCACGUCAGGUGAGGACAUGCGUGAUUUCACCAAGGUGCUGAAAAACAAGUUCCGCUCCAAGAAGUACUUUGCCAAGCACCCCCGUUUGGGAUAUUUACCAGUCCAGACUGUUCUUGAUGGAGACAAUAUGGAGAUUCCCGUCACUCUCAUCAGCAUGUGUCCGGAGCAGUAUGAACUGGCUCAGAUGGAACGCUCCAAUGGUUCUCUGCCCACUGACAGCAGCUCAACUACAGGAAGCAUUUUCUCUUCUCUCUCCCACAGGGAUGAUGAACAUGCUAUGAUCCUGCAGUAUUGCCAGAACCUAGGGGGGGAGGUGUCUCCCAGCAGCCAGCCCCAGAGCCCUGCCCAGAUCCUACAGGCCGUGGAGAGAGAGGAGCGGGGAGAGCUGGAGCGAAUCAUCCAGCGUCUGGAGGACGAGCAGUGGACCCUGCAGAGGGAGUAUGAGCAGCUGAAGGAGCAGCAUGGAGGUCAGCGGGGGCCUGGUUCUGUGGGGCUCUGGGACCCUGAGGGGUCAUCUCACCCCAGGGGUCCUGAUGAGGCUGACCUGCUGGCUGAGGCCAAACUGCUCCGGCAGCACAAGGGCCGUCUGGAGGCCCGCAUGCACAUACUGGAGGAGCACAACAAACAGCUGGAGUCCCAGCUCCACCGGCUCAGACAGCUACUGCACCAGGUGUGUGGAAAUAAAAUCUCUCCAAUCAAACAGAGUCAAUCAGAGCAGAUAACGGCAGGCAGGUAGGUUUUGACCCGGGGCCCUGGAGCUGAAAGCUGAGAGGCAAAGUAUUAAGUAACCUCAGCCUGGGGGAGAAAAAGUGACUCGGCUGAUUUUUAGGGGAUUAGGGGCUCAUUUAAACCUUGCAAGACACACACUCACAAACACACUCACACUCAUGCACACACACACACCACAGCCCGGUAUCUUACACAAACAUGAACAUCCAAGCAUAGACACAUCCACGCAUACACAGAGUCCUCAGAUAUCCAGAUCCUGACUCAGCCACAAUGAACGUUAUUAUUUAAUUUUUUUAACUGUACUACGUUGUUUGAAAGAGAUUAUAAAUCAUUCAAAAGAUAUACUAAGUCGUUCAAAUGAGAUUUAUUUAAAAAAUGUGCCUUCUGUAGUUCUCUGACAUUCACAGAAUAUGUCACGGCUUCCGCCGAAGUUGAUUCCUCUCCUUGUUCGGGCGGCGUUCGGCGGUCGGCAUCUUCUGGUUUUCUAGCCGUCAUUGAUCCAUUUUUCAUUUUCCAUUUGGUCUGUCUCGUCUUCCCACACACCUGGUUUCAAUUCCAUCAUUACAUGUUGUGUAUUUAACCCUCUGCCCCCCCCCCCCCCCCCAUGUCCCUGUUCGGAAUUGUUUAUUGAAAGUGCUUGUGCACGUUAUUUCUGGUGUGCGACGGGUUUUGUACCCAUUGUAUUGAUUGUUCUGUUUACGGUGAUUUUUAUUAUUAAACUGCGCCGUUGUAACACAGUUUUUGCUCUCCUGCGCCUGACUUCUCUGCCAACAGUACGCACCCCUUACAGAAUAAAUGUUUAUUAAUCUUUUCAGCUCAUCAAUGUCAGUUUAUGGCUAACCAAAUGUGUCUGGAUCUCUGAAGUGAGGCAUAAGAUAGAUGUUCCUAAUUGACAGGAAACAUUUGAAAAUGUAUUCAUUUUUUGGUUGCAGAAAUGCCUUCUUGAACCUUAAUGACAAACUCAUAGGUGAUCUGUAAAUAUGAAUAAGUAAUAAUAAUUACGGAGGAUUCUUCCUGGCUACACUUGAUUGGCUAAGACAAUGGUGGGGCUGGUCAUGCUGAGAAAUGAGUCCUGAUGGGUCUGCCAUUCCACAGGCUACUGUCUAACAGAAUGACUUUGAUAGGGGUGGGGGCCAAAGAAGAUCUGAAUUCCUCAUGAGGGGCCGCAGUGGCUCACAGGGUCUGCGUACCCACAUCCAUACCCGCACAUGCAGUCAGGGCUGGCCCUAGCCUUUUGGGGGAACCCUCACCUUGCGAUCAAAACUAUUUAGCUGCUCCCCUCUUGACAGCUGAGAAAUUCUAUUCAUUUUUCCAAGGGGCUGAGAGAAAAUGCAGUUUUAAAGCAAAUUUGUGAAAUGAAAUUCUACAAAUUUUACCAUAGUGUGGAGAGAAAUACUUUUCCAUGUGAAAUAAGUUUUAAAUGUGACGUCUGAGUGAGCGUGACAAAAACAAAUGAUGGCCCAACAGUCGGAAAUUUGACCAUGAUUACUACAAGUUAGCUAGCUAUAGCUAGCUAAAAUGUUAUGGGUGUCAUGAGUUAAUUGAGUGACAGUCAGUGACUGACAUAACGGGAUAAACUGCUGAUGCACAACCACAUUUCGAAAAUGCAAAUUGAGUAUUCAUUAUACUAUUUUCAACUCUCAAAAGUUGUGACACCGACGGAGUCUUUAUUAUUACAUUUGUGUGUGGGGGGGGGGGGGGGGUUGACCAUGCGGGCUGCCAGUUGCCCAUCCCUGGUCUACGCUAUGAUUUGUUGGCUUUUACCAAUGUAUCUUUAGUAUUAAAAUGUUACUGAUACAUUGAUCUGACUGCUAUACUGUAUUUCAUAUUCAACACUAUCUCAUGUGGCAUACUAUAAGGAAUCACUCAUAGUAGAUAUUAACAAAAUAGGUCAGGCAAUGUCUGGCUGUGAAGCUGAAUCAUAAGAGUAUAAUUACAACAGACCCAUUACAUCCUCUGCCUCCUUAAAUCCCAUGUAGACUCCUGUCGGUGAGGGAUAUUUGCGCCAAAUCGCACAAACUACACAUGAAGGCAAGACUCUUCUUUUCCCUCGUCCCAGUCUCUCUCCCUUCAGUGCCCACUCCAACACCAGUCGAUAUGCAACCAGCCUGUAUUGACUGCAAACAAAUAUAAGUUAUUUGUGAAUAGCUAAAUACAAGUAAUCUAAUAACAAGAAACAAUUUGAUUUGAGUGCAAUUAUAAAGCACAAGUUAUCAAUAGAUUAUCUUCUUUAUAUUUUGUUACUUUGUGCUGGGACAAGCAAGAAUAAUGUCACUUACUUGAUAGAUAGGUGUCCAUUCAGUCCAGCAGGUAUGAGCUGCUUCUUCCAGUUUUAUUUUCAACUCCAGGAUUGAUGAGCACAGAAAAGUCUUCGAGGUUUUUACACAAUCUCUGGGUGUGCUGCUAUCUUUGCUGUAGAUAUCAAGCCCCCCAAUCUAUGGCAUAACAAGUCCCACUCUGUGCAGCACAAACACUCAUCGUUGGUUGCCAUGGGUUGACAAGCCCCGCAAUUGCACCACCACUCCCCCUCAGACCUGGUAUUUGCCACUGCUCCUGGUAGCUCGGCUACAGGCUCCGUUGAUUCAGCCUCAUUCUGUGUUGCUCAGCGUCGAAUAAAUAUGGCUCUGUAUAAAAAAAGAUAUCUUAAAGUCCGACAUGAUUUGCCAAUACGAAGAAAGCUAGCUACUUUAGCUGCUACAGUACGCAACAGCUGUCUGUCUCCUGGGAGUUUUGUUUACAAAACCCCAGCAAGCCUUGCAGGAAGAGAGCGUAGGCAGAACACAAAGUAGUCCGUAAAUGAGGAAGUUGAUAGAAUUUUAUUUCUUAAAUUAUCAGCACAGUUAACUGGUGUUUAAAAUAUUGAUAGCUAUGUAUAGCUUUGUAAGACCUUAAAUGACAAACCACCCAGUUUAGGAGUAGUAAGAAGAGGAGAAGCUGGGCUAAUGAUAUGCUACCUUCAACUUCCUUCAAAUUGCACACAGAGACAUAAAAAUGGAUCCAUGAUUUCGUCUGUAGAAAAUUACCCAAAAUACCAAUGUAGGCCUCUAAAUCCGAAUCAAUUGUAAUAAACGCUAAACAAAACAUAAGAUAUUUUGUACUGCAUGUUCAGGUUUUAUUAGAGAGCUCUGUGUAGUCAGUGCAAUUUUCAGUGAACCCUACAGACAUUGUGUGAAUGCUCUGGAGAGGUUUCCAUCACGUUAACCUUUAAUACCGCUGGGGACUGAAUAGGAGUUAGGAGACGAGCCAGAGAUUGUACAGACGGGGAGAGAGGAGAGGAGCGAGGGAUAGUAUAGGCAGGCAGGCUAAUUUGAUUGUCUCUGGAAAGCUAAGGGGCAUAUUGGACUAGAUAGUAAAUGUCAGUGGAUAUCAGGUGCCCUGUUCUGUGUGCGUGCGUGUUCAUACAUUCAUGCUUUUACUGCAUUGAUGAACUGUCAAGUUUGCUUGAAGAUCCUUAAAAACAUGUUGAGUAUGCUGUCUUACAGUAUUAACUUUGUUUAUCCAUUUUAUUGGUAUUAUGUCUCUCUCUUUUUCAUGGUAACUAAAAUACCUUAGCCAAGUACACAACAUGGAUUCACAGAAGUUUCUAAGCCAGUUCCCCAUGAAAUAAUUACACUUUGUCAUGACUAAAAGUAAUCGAAUUAAACUAACAAGAAUCCAAACCCUUAGAUAUUUAGCGGAACUCAAAGACAUGGAGUGACGGUGUUUGACACAAAUUGGGACAGGGUAAUAGACACAUGUAAAUAUUACUACACGUGAUGACAUAUUUGAUCCCAGCCACAUCGUGUCACACUGUGUGGUAUUUCUUUGUAUGUGACUGAUGAUUUCUAUGCAGAGCAAUAUUUUGUUUGAUGCCUCCACAAGUGAAGUAUGCCACUAUAAAUAAUGAAGAGUGAGGACUCCAUGUUUUAGUAAUGAUGCUUGUCCUUGUCUCUCUCCCUCCUUGUUCUUUACUUUUCUUUCUGACUUUGUUCUUGUUUUUCUCUCGAUUCUUCUGUUAGCCUCUUCUCGUCUUACUUGAUCCUCAAUCCCUUUUCUUUUGUUUUUUCCCCUCCUCCCUUGCCCUCUUUACUACUCCAUCUAUCUUUCAUCGUUUUUCCUCUCUCUCAGCCGGAGAUGGA